CAGAAGACAGCUUGGACCCUGAAUUUAAACUCAUCCGAGAAAGACGCCUUGCUGAAUUGAAAGCUCAGCACCAAGAAAAGGUCGACAACAUGAGCAAAGGUCACGGGCAGUACCGUGAGAUCACUCAGGAUGAGUUUUUGCCGGAGGUGACAGGCUCCCGUCGCGUCCUCGUUCACUUCUAUCAUAAGGACUUCAU